UUGUUCCCAACAAAUCACAACAGGUUAAAAUUUAAGUGUGGUCUUCACUGUUUGUAAGUUUAAACCUGAGAUGAACAACUCUCCAGGUUUAUACUUCCACAUUGGCAAAAAGGCUAGAGAUCUUCUUUACAAGGAUUAUGGUCAACAACCAUCAUUUCACUUUAGUUACCAAUGGAUUGACUGGAAUCUUGAUCUCUCCUGUCAAACGGAAAGUGUUGUGCCUGGGCUGCAUACGGCUCUGAGAUUUGUUGUUCCUGAUUCUGGAAAGGUGGAACUGCGAUUCUUGCACGACUAUGUUGGGAUUACUGCAGGCUCUGGAUUGAAGAUGACUAGCCACAACCAUGUAGGACUUGACCCUGCUGUCCAUUUUUCAGGUGUAAUUGGCACUGACUUUGUCUCCCUUGGGACUGAUAUUGCCUUCGACAUGUCAACUAGCACAUUCAACAAAUUCAAUGCCGGUUUAAGCUUCAAUUGUCCUUACCUUGUUGCUUCAUUGACCCUGAAUGAUAAGCUUGACACCAUAAAAGCUUCCUAUUACCAACCACUGAACCCCCUGACCAGGAGUGCCGUUGCUGCAGAAUUGAAGCAUAGUUUUUUUAUUGACAGGACGACCACCUUGACGGUUGGCGGCCAGCAUGCACUGUUUCCUUCUACAUUGAUAAAGGCUCGCAUGGACAGUAAUGGCAAGGUGGGUGCUCUUGUUCAGCAAGGUUUCUGGCAAAAGUUCUUCCUAGCUAUUUCUGGAGAAUUUGAUUUUAAGGACAACGACAGGAGGCGCCCCAAGAUCGGUCUUUCUGCGGCUCUCGCACCUUAAAAUAAAAUACUAUUAAUAGAAGAUGUUCUCAUGUUAAUAUAAUACUAAUAACAGCAGCAUCUAGUGAUUGUAAACCCUGCUGAAUCAGAAAUUAGAAAAGUUAAAAUAUGCAUACUAAAAAAAUAUAAAUAAUGACAAAUAAAAAUUCAUACCUCUGCCAUUUUCAUCAGUAAAAGCAGUCACCAUAGUUGUAAUUAUUUAGAGAUUUUUUUAAUCAAAUGAUUUUGCAGACCA